GUGCGGAAUCAUUGUUGCCCAUAGCAACUGCAAGCUUAUGGCGGGCAUGGAUGUUUUGUACAGAUUGUUAGGACGAUAGAAAUGUAAUUUAAAAAACAAAAGCUUCACAAAAAUGACAACAUUAUUACCGCCUAUCAACAAUAAAAAUGGCAGGAGCAACCUCCCAUCAUAUGCAAAGAAUGUACAGGAAGACAGACCCAGAAAAAAUGGCAGCAGCAGACGAGACAAAGAGAUUACUGAAGAGCAUCAGCAUCUUCAAGAACUGCAACGUAAUCUUACAAAGAUGGAAAUUGAUAACUAUCGCAAUUCAUACAAACACACUCUUUGUCUGGAAAUGCUGAGAGAAGGCUACCAUCUUUCAUUUCGAGAAUUGUUUAAUCUCGUCCGUCAGCAGCUGGAAGAGCGUGAAGCAGCAGGACCUGAGUCUUUUAUGUGGAUUCAGACGAUGCUUGUGAAUGAGCAUGAAAAGUUGGAUACAAUAAGGUUUUUUCUCACUCAAGCUGAAAAUGCCCAGCGUGCAGGCGUUUAUGAAGAUGUUUACCAGUCAAGGUAUGAGCUGGCUUGCUACUUUCAAAAAACUGGAGAUAAGUGGCUGGUAGACCAUUUCUUUGCCACCUGCUUGGAUACUGCAAAUUUAGUAGUCUCUGAUGGAGGCAAGAUGAAAGCAGAAGCCCAUCUUCAUGUUGGGAUGGCUUUGGAGCAAAAUGAUAAAAACUUACAAGCAGCUGAACAUUUUGAAGCCUAUUAUAAACUGUCCAAAGAGCACAAAGAUGAGUGGCUAAUUCAAACAGAAGAGGGUUUAUGCUUAAGCUUUUUUGCUGAUGCCUGCAUCAACCUCUGUCGUAUCUACACUACCAUCAGUGACCGGCUGGGAAGUGAAGAUAUGGAAAAAUCACUUGGAUACUUGGUCAUGGCAUUUGACAAAGCAAAGGAAAGUGAAGAAACACGCCUAGAAGGAGAAGCAGCAUAUCGACUGGGGCUGGAGUAUCAUAAAUAUGGAAAUGUGGAUACAGCACUUGUGCAUCUUCACAACUUUUAUGAUGCAUGCAAGAGAGCAGACGACAAAGAAGGAAUGGGACGAGCCUGUGAUGCCAUUGCCAAAGCUUAUGCAAAGGAAGGAAGAAAAGAGGAGAGCAUUGAAUACCUGCUACAGUUUGUGCAGACAGCUGAAGAGAGAGGGAUGGAAGCUGAACAGUGUAGAGCCUAUCACAAUCUUGGAGAGAUUUAUAACUCUGUGGGAAAGUACAAAGAGGCAAGAGAGUACUUCAAUCGAGCCUACAACACUUCACGAGCUAUGUCAGACACUGCAGCACUCCAGAUGAACAGGGUACAGUUGGGCAUAGCAGAGGCUCAUGGGAUGCUGGAAAUGUACUCUACCCAUGUUGUACAGGGUGACCGAACUUGUCUCCUUCGCAUUGCUGAAUGGAAGAGUGUUCGGAAUAAUCAGUUUUAUAAGCCACUUCCUGUGUUGGCUGAUGCUGCUCCCCAGGACAUUGCUAGUUCCUUGAACGAAGAAGAGUCUAGAGAUGGGGAAGAAGUCGAGGAAGCUCAUAAUGCUGAAGAAGAAGAUACAGUAAUCAAUGAACAAGCAACAUCCCACGAAGUGGAAGAAACAGGCUGAAAGGAGACAAAGGGAUUAAAAACUCCUGAACCUAGUGCAUGUCUAAGUGUUUCAAUUACUGUCAUUAAGAAAAAGCAAAUAAUAGUCCACUACGCAACUUCAAGUAAUUUUGUCAUUUCCAGGCCCCAUUCCAAUGACCUUUAAAAAUAUUCUUCUUAAACACAUAAGCUUUCAGAGCUUUGGAUGGUGAUAUUUUACUCUGUUACUGUUUUUCUGAUUGUAAGCCAAGACUGCAUUAAGUUUCUACUGGAGCAUGUUGCUUAUGGAGAGAAAUGUAUACAUUGUAUAUACCCAAAAUGUCAGCACUUCGCAUCAUAUUCCCGUUCAGCAGUAUUUUUGCCAUAGUUGAAAUACUUUCUCUUCACCUUUUUUUACAUUGCCUGUGAAAGACAUCAUCUUUUAAGAGGAUAUAUGAUUAAACGAAAACUAGAUAGCAAUUUUGAACCAAUUAAUAUCAAAGUCUUUUUAUACGACAAGUUUAAAUACUUGCCGCUUACAUAAGACAGGUAUUUGAUAGCUGGAACAGCAGGUGUAGUCCUUGUUAGAAGGAGUAAGAUACUGAAGUGAGAGAGGUGGUGGGCAUAGUAGAAGUAAGGUAAGAACAGCUCCUCAAAAAGUAUGUUUUCAGUUUUCUACUGUCAAACUGGCUAAAAAAAAUAAAAAUAACAGAUGCAUCUAAAUUCAAUUCCUUAUUUAAGAAAUUCCUAUGGUUGGCUAUCAAAUUUUUUUUCAAAAAAGUGAGUAGGGAGUGCAGUUAAGCAGCCCUACACCAGUCCUUUUUUCCAAGUGAUUCUUCCCUGUUUCACUUUGGCUCGAGUCAAACUGCCACUCUGAAGGUGUUUCCCACCUCCACUCACACCAAAAAGUUGCAGAUUUAAGACUAGCAGAAAUAAAAUUUAUGCAUGAAUUCCAUGCAAAUCUUUAUAUGCAUGAACACUUCCGUUAUCAAUGUACAUCUCACUUAUUAGGCUUUGAAGUGUUUUAAGAUCCAAGUAUGUCAUUAAAUUUAUGUGUGCCAUCAUGAGAUGGCUUUUUUCCCCUAAAAAUAUCUCACUGACAGUUGUUUUGAAAAAGGGCAUUUGAAUUUCAUUCUGGACGUUUGUAUAAUUAUUCUGAUAUAUGACCAUAGUCUUGUACUAUUAUUAUGCAUAAAUACACUUUAGGAUACUUUGGCUCAACAUUUUUAGGAUUAAAUAGGUCUGUUAAUUUAGCUUGACUUAUUUUUCCUGCAGGUCUGUAGAAACUGUUUAUUGGUAGAAAAAGUAGAAUAGGGAGAAUAGGGAGAAGGGGAGGGAUGAGGGUGAAAGAAAAUAAAUGUAAAAGUAAGCAUUUUCAGUCUUUUAAUUACCUCCACCUUUGAUGAACAAAAUAUUCUUGAGAUUAUUUCUAAAUGUAAAUUUACGCUUUACCUGCCAUUACUGGAUACAUUAUAAAUUUCUUGGUUAUUCCAGUUCACAUAAUGUAUGUUUUAUUUAAUGACCUAAAGAGCUGAACUGAUUUUAACAACAAUCAAUCCUGCAUCAUUGUGCUUCAGAUUAACCAAGAAUGUUUUGUGCUGCAAAUAUUAAACCAAAAAAAAAAAAAAAA